UAUUCACAUCAUUCAUCAGCAUGACUAAUCGAUGUUGUGUUCCACAAUGCGACAGUGUCAGAGAAUCUUGCACCCUAUUUUUGGUGCCAUCUAAGCGAUUUUGUUCAGGUGAAAAAUUUGUAUGGGCAGACAAGCUUGAAAAAAUUGUCAUGGGUCUUCGCGGUGAUUCUGAUAUCAAACACCUGUAUUUACGUGACAGAGUCAAAAUUUGUGAAAGGCACUUUGAAGAAAAUGACAUUCAAAAAGUUGGAACACAGUCGCGUCUUAAAAUUGGUGCAAUACCCAAUAUGAACAUGCCCCAGAAAAGUUGUUCGAAGUUACCAAUUUUGAAUAGAUCUUCUCCAAAAAAGAGGAAAGUAGUUGAAACAAUUCGUCAUAAAAAUUUGCAGGAGUUGAAAAAAAGUGCAUCAACUUAUUUACCCUCCAACUGGAAAUACCAAGAUUUAGAUGACAAUAUUCAACUUUUCCUCAAGCCCGAAUCAGCUGCAGAACAAUCAAGUUUAGCUAUUAACAUUGAUUCAGAGUUGCAGAUCAGUGCCAUUUAUCAUGGUUGGACUAGUGUAACAUCGGAAGUCCUAAAUAAUAUUAAUGUAAAAGAAACAACUUUGUCAAAUAUUCUGCAUAUUGUUCAUACAUCAAUCAUAUGUGAGGGAAUAACUGGCAGCACCAAUUCCAGUUCCGCAACAUGUUAACAUUGUGAAGUGUCCUUUUCAAGAUCUAGUUCCAAAAAAAUUGAACAAGGGCCCCCACAGCUUAGAUUGCUUGCUUCAAGAUCCCUAAAUUGUGAAGUAUUCAUUUCAUCUGGGAAAAGAUGCAAACAGUGUUUUGAAGAGGAGAAAAGAAUUGUGAAGUCAUCAGAAAGCCAAAAAAAGUAUUUUGAUGUUAAGGGUUGUUUGCCUCUCAAAAGACUCCAG